AUGGCAGAGACAGCGAAUCGGGAAAAGCAUCAGAGAGGGGAAAGUGAACCCAAUGGUCAACGCGACUGCACCUCGAGCAGGGAGGGUAAAAAGAGCUCUCAAGUUUCUGGACCAGUAACUUCCAGCUCUCUCUCUGGAAAGAACUCAAAACCUGUACCCACUUUCAGGGCGCCAGAUUCAUCAUCUGUAUGUGAAAUAGAGGGGAAAUUGGGGACCGGAUCAAAAAAAGACUUGGAGGAAAGACGACCUAAUGAUGCAUUGGGUCUCACUGAUAUCAAUGGAGACCAAACAAAUAGGUCGCUCCUUGUUAUCACAAGAAAGCCGGACUUCAAAGCGCGAUCCUCAACAGAGGGAAUUGUAUUACCACCAGCUAUCACUAUAGAACGACCGCUCUUUCGAGCCAAUGCUCAGACCAAAGAUUUAGCCACUACACAACAAAGUACGCAACAAUUCGUCCUCGGCAAACGGAGACCAAGGGCGAAUGUGGAGACCAAUGAAUUAGAGUCAGAUGGCAGCGGAUCGAUUUCUGAAGACAAGGAAUAUGAAAUUGCCCUACGUUCAUCGAAGUCCGUCUCUGAGCUUCGCCAAAACUCCGUUUUUGUUCGAAACCGGCACAAUCCUGCUGGCGGGCCUUUAGAGUUUGUGGCGCGUUUCGACACUUGUGCAGAUUCCAAUUUUAUAUCAAGCAGGGUUGCACAAAACCAUGGUUUCAAUAUCCUCCAACUGCCCCCCGCAGAUAUCGUCACGUACGCGAUGCUCGAAGGUGAAUGCACGCCUACACAAAUGGUAACACUAGAGCUGCAAUAUCCUCGGUCCUUAAGGUUUUAUACAGACAGUUUUCGAGUGGUAAAGAACAAUUCUUUCGACAUCCUUGUGGGCUUUCCCACGAUUGAGAAGAGAGGUAUUGUAGUUCAGCAGCAUAAGCAUGGGAUAGCGUUUCCUUCCUUCAAGAAAAAACCUAAUGAUGAGCAAGCUGCACAUCGGAAAGCCAUACAAGAAAGAGAUCAUCAAACAGCUCGCGAGUUAUACCAGAACAUGAAUUCCCGUACAAAUUCUACUCAAAAUUCGACUGGCACCAACAGCACCCAGAGCGGCUCUUCAAGCUCGACACAACGUGCUUCAGGUGAUGAUAGUAACCUGUAUGAAAACGGUAGUGGGCGAACCAGUGGUGGUUGACAGGGGCUCACGGCAUCCUGAUGCAUCCUGGUGAUCUAAAUACUUGUACUUUUCGCGUUUCUUAGCAAUUCAUUUGUUUCAUUCUCUUAAGUCAUGAGUGUACUACGCUGGGUUGUGGCAUGAGAUGAUGUUGAUCAUCACGUUAGCGAGGAAAGCCGAACCUGACCAUUGGUCUAUCCGAGAAGAUAGAUGCUGCCGCACUUAUUUUGUUUCAUGUGGAUUAGCGGAGGGGUCUAUCCUAAUGUACGACGCUUACGGCCUCUAUUAUUUAUUUCAUGGUAAAUAGCUCCCGCGCCCAUUGUACAAUCUGCU